AUGUAUUACUGUGGAACGAGAAGAGAUUACUUAAUUCUGUUUGGAGCUGGAACUUUUCUUACAAUAAAGGGUUCCGGAAAACAACACAGAUACAGUAAAGUAGAGCAGUAUCCUGUGUCUGACCCAGUCCAGCCGGGAGACUCUGUGACCCUGCAGUGUACAAUAGAGACUGGGGGCUGUGCAGGAGAACACAGUGUUUACUGGUUCAGACAUGGAUCAGGAGAAUCCCUUCCAGGAGUCAUUUACAGCCACGGAAACAGGAGUGAUGAGUGUGAGAAGAGCCCUGAGGCUGGAUCUCCUACACGGAGCUGUGUCUACAGCCUCCCCAAGAGGAACCUCAGCCCCUCUGAUGCUGGGACGUACUACUGCGCUGUGGCCAUGUGUGGGGAGAUGCUGUUUGGCAAUGGGACAAAGAUUCACGUAGAAAAACCUUGCAAUACAAUUCCUAUAAUUAUGGGAGCUGCACUAGUUUUAUGUGUGACUGUAAUUUUUACACUGGUCUGCACAAGAAAUAAGAGGACCUGCUGUGAGCAUUGUGCAGCUUGUGAGUCUGAGGUGGAGCACCUCAAAGACCGUAAGGAAACAAACAGUCAGAAUCCUGAUGCGGAGAUGUUAAAUUACGCCGCCCUGCACUUCACUCAGAAGAAAGGAGAAAGUCGAAGAAAAACGAGAGAGACGGAAGACUGUAGUCUGUACUCUGAUGUGAGGUUAAGAGACUGAGAAGGAGAAUAACAUUCACGUCUAACACAAAUCUAAUGGAUUUUCUUCCUGUUGUAUGAGUAGCCUACAUUUUAUGAAUACAUAUGGAAGGUUCACUUCUAACAGAAACUGGAUGGAUGGAUGGAUGGUUGGAGGCAGGGAUGGUUGGAAGAGCUUAAGUGACAUUUACUGCUAUUAAAAAAAUGUUCAUGUAUGUUAUGUACUUAGACUUGAUGUCAAUGCAUUGUCUAUUAAAUAUGUAAAUAAAGUUUAUAUUUGUAUUAUUUCAAAUAAA